AUUGUUAGUAAACGCGGAGCCACGUGCGGGCGCGGGUCCUGGCGCCCCGGAGCGGCGCGUGCGCACUGGAUACGCAGCCAGUACGCAGGCGCGCGCUUUAGGGCGGAAGCGAGAGUCCGCGGCUGCACGUGGGGUCUGGGGCGAUGGAUGGGGCGAUGCUGCCUGACGCCAAGAUCCGCACUGAGUCCGGAACAGAGUCCGGCCCACGGGGCCCGGGCUGCAGCCUCCGGCACUUUGCGUGUGAACAGAACCUGCUCUCCCGGCCUGACGGCUCUGCCUCUUUCCUGCAAGGGGAUACAUCGGUCCUGGCGGGCGUGUAUGGGCCAGCCGAGGUGAAGGUCAGCAAAGAGAUCUUCAACAAGGCCACCCUGGAGGUGAUCCUGCGGCCGAAGAUCGGGCUGCCUGGCGUCGCGGAGAAGAGCCGGGAGCGGCUGAUCAGGAACACGUGUGAAGCUGUGGUAUUGGGAACACUGCACCCCCGCACCUCCAUCACUGUGGUGCUGCAGGUCGUCAGCGAUGCUGGCUCUCUCCUGGCCUGUUGCCUGAACGCCGCCUGCAUGGCGUUGGUGGAUGCAGGGGUGCCCAUGCGGGCCCUCUUCUGUGGGGUCACCUGUGCUCUGAACUCUGACGGCACCCUCGUGCUGGAUCCCACAGCCAAGCAAGAAAAGGAGGCCCGGGCCAUCCUGACCUUUGCGCUCGACAGCGUGGAACGGAAGCUGCUGAUGUCCACCACCAAGGGGCUCUACUCCGAUGCUGAGGUACCUGUGUGGAGAUGGGGUGAGGGCCAGAUCCCUCCUGGAUGUGAGGUCUUGUUGGGACCCUGCAAGGUUGAAGGAGAGCCCCUUCCUUACGUCCCUUCUGUAUGUAAAAGGCAUUUUCAAACGUAGUAGGCACAGAAACCC